GAGAAAGUGAUGUCAGAGGGGUUUGUAUAUUACCUGUAACUACCUGAACUACUGUCACUGCGCUCACAUUGACUGUGGAGGAACAGAGGGAUACUCACCAAUGCACUGAUCUACCAACAUGCACAGCCUUUCAAUGAAGAAUCUCUCCAUCGCCGCUCCCUUGGUGAUGGGAGGUCUUCUUGUGGUGGUUUAUGUCCAGCUAUAUAAAGACUUAACUGAUUACAAACCAAUUAUCAUCCAAAAACAUGAGAAAAAGUCUGUCAUUCGGGCACUGCCAGAAUACAGAUUUCCUGCUUAUAAAUACCCCUGGCCAAAAUGCAGACAAAACAUAUCUGCCUCCGGCGUCCCAGGCUUCUAUUCACUUCCUCAUCUUAUACAAGACUUUCUGUCCUAUCGCCACUGUCGACAUUUUCCCAUAAUUCUGGACAUUCCUGACAAAUGUGGAGGAGCUAAUGGAUCUGCAGAUAUCUUUCUUCUACUGGUCAUUAAAAGCUCUCCUGUAAACUACGCCCGUCGAGAGGUGCUGCGUAAAACCUGGGCUAAAGAGAGAUUGCAGAAUGGUGUAUGGAUCCGAAGGAUCUUCAUUGCAGGAACAACUGGUGAAGGUUAUGAGAAAAACACACUGAACAAACUCCUCGAAAUAGAGAAACUUGAGUACAAUGACAUCCUUCAGUGGGACUUCAAUGACACAUUCUACAACCUCACCUUGAAGCAAGUCCUAUUCCUGGAAUGGAUGGACACAAACUGUCCAAAUGUUCGCUUCCUGAUGAAUGGUGAUGAUGAUGUUCUUGCCCACACGGACAACAUGGUUGACUAUCUGAAAAACCUGAAGGACAAUGAUGGAAGUAAACACCUCUUUACUGGCUAUCUGAUCGAGAAUAGGGGACCAUAUCGAUAUCCAGACCUAAAGUAUUAUGUUCCAGUUCAGGUUCAAGAGACAGACACAUACCCUCCUUAUUUAGGUGGUGGAGGCUUCCUGUUGUCAGGCUACUCUGCUAUGGUCAUGUACAAAAUGUCCCACUCCGUCAUGUUUCAUCCUAUUGAUGAUGUCUACAUAGCAAUGUGCCUGGAGAAAGCAGAACUUCGUCCUACAUCCCACAUAGGGGUGAAGAUAGCAGGACAUCGCAGUCCCGACAACAUUGAUCCAUUAGAACCUUGUUAUUUUAAAGAAAUUCUACUUGUUCACAGAUUCCUUCCGGCUGAAUUGUACGUUAUGUGGAACAGCUUACAUGAUCCUAAUCUGAAAUGCUUUCACAAGAAUGAACAGUAACUUACAUGCGAUGAAAAUGUUUGUUGGUGCUCAGCUUUGCUCAACAGCCUUUUUUCUUUCAGGUACACCUAUGUAAUUUAAUACAAUCCAAUCCAAAAAACAAGUCUGAUGUUGAUUGGAUUAUCUACAGUAUAUUUUUGUUAUUGAGGUUGUAAUGCGAUGUACUCAAUUUCUCCAUGUUAAAGAUGUUAGCAAUAUUCUGCCACCAUAUAAACACUGGUAAUAUAUCUGAUUACAACUCAUAAAGUAAAUACUUAGUACAUACUGUAUGUUGCUGGAUAAAGUUUUUUCUCAGUACCAGUACAAGUAACAGAUGACAUGAGAGAGUAAUGGGUGACGAUGCUUUUGUUUGUUACAAAUACAUUAAAGUGCAAUGAAAUGCAUAUCACAGCUUGGUAAGAAGUCAGGCUCAGAGUGCAGGGUCAGCCGUGAUAAGAUGCCCCCAACAGAAAUGAUUAAGGGACUUGUUCCAGUGCCAGCUGGCAGCACUGGUGCUUGAACCACCACCUUCUACUCUGUAAAUCACAGGCUAAGCUGUUAAACUACAACUUCCCCAAAACUCUGUGCUUUAGAAGGACAAGAAAUAAAUGCCACUGUAUGUAUGUUAUAAAUCAUCAACUAUCUGUUUAAGGAACAUGUGACUCAAAGUGUAAGUGAGGUGAUUGUGAUGAAACUGGUUGUGGUGUCAUGUAUUUGAAAAGGAUUAUAUACUCUGGGAAGUUAUAGUGCAACAGGGUUUUUAUGUUUAACGUCUUUAUCAUUAUCAGUAUGGCACACAUUAUUGUUUUUGGGAACAGUAGGCUCAACUAGGUGAGGUGGGAAUACCUUUAAUGUUUUACUGCAAAACUUUAUGUGUAUAUUUUUAAAAUGCCAAUAAAAUACUGUGGAACAAUCGUGUAGCUAGCAUAGGGUCCAAUGCUAGAGCCGUCUGGUGAUCGAAUCUUACAUUAGAGAACUAAUAUCUUCUAAAAGUCAUGUAAACUAAGGAUUGUAGUGAGGUGCUGAUUACUGUUUUUGUAAUGUACCUAAUUUGGAUAUAUUAAAAGCCUUUUUUCCACAGCUCAUGUUUGACGUUGUGCAUAUCAAUUAUAAAUCCAUUCAAACUAAUGCACUUUUAUCAGUUUGAUUGAAGUAUUUUCAAAGCUUUGUGUGUGGUAUGAACAUGUCACUUUGUCUGCCGUUAACUGAUUGGGUCUUGUUUCUGUCACUGUUUGUUGUAAAGUUUGAUUUGCUGAAGGCAUCUUGAUUGUUUUUUAUCACCACAGUUGUAGAACAUGAUUAUCUGAUCACUCUCAUGUGUUAUUCAGAUGGAAUCUAUAUAACAUACCAAUGUCUUUUUCCUACUAUGGUUGUUCAAUAAAGAUAAAGUGCAUUUGGA